AUGUCGACGCAAGUUGUUGGUGCAGCUAGCCCCGGCUCGAGGAGCGUUGGAAGUGGGAAAGCCGAAAUGGGUGACGGGACUAGGGUCGGCUCAACCUCUGCACCUGCGAAGAAGAAGCUGUCCGUGCUGAUCGUGGACGACGACUCCAUGAUUCGCACGAUCCAUACCAUCCUUGUGAAUAGGGUGGGCGUGGAAGUGGAAUCCCAAGUGGCUGAGAACGGGAAGGUGGCUGUGGAUCUGUUCCGCUCUGGGGAAUCCUUUGAUGUCAUCCUCAUGGACUGGGAGAUGCCCGUGAUGAAUGGAAUCGAGGCAACGAAGGAGCUACGGAAAAUGGGAGUCAGCAGCAUGAUCGUGGGAGUGACCUCGCACUCCAUGGAUAUCGAGAAAGAUACUUUCAUGGCAGCCGGUCUGGAUGAUUGCUAUGGGAAGCCCCUGUCGAUCAAGAUCCUCAAGAAUAUCCUCCAGAAGAUGAAGAUCGACCGUUGA